AUGGACAGACCUAUCGAUGAGAUUGUGAAAAAUCUUUUGAAAUUCGUUGUUCGAGGUUUCUACGGUGGAUCAUACGUCCUGGUACUCGAUGCCAUACUAUUCCACUCGGUGUUAGCAGAAGAAGAUUUGAAACAGUUGUUGGGGAUAAAUAAAACUGAUUUGGGUCCCUUAGUAGCACGAUUAAGGUCCGAUGGUCUUCUAUCCAUGCAUAAGCAAAGAGAAUACCCGCCAAAUUCAAAGAGUGUGGAACGUGCUUAUUUUUACAUUAAAUUCCCACAUGCUAUUGAUGCCAUCAAAUGGAAAGUUCAUCAAGUAGUGCAAAGAUUGAAGGAUGAUCUAGAUAAAAAUUCAGCACCAAAUGGGUAUAUGUGUCCAAUAUGUUCUACCAAAUAUACACAAUUAGAAGCAGUUCAGCUGUUGAAUUUCGACAGAACAGAAUUUCUAUGCUCACUGUGUGAUGAACCGCUGGUGGAAGAUGAUUCGGGCAAGAAGAAUAAGGAGAAACAAGAUAGACUUAACAGACUCAUGGACCAGGUACAACCGAUUAUUGAUUAUUUGAAAAAAAUCGAUGAUUCACGGAUAGAAGAGAAUACGUUUGAAAUUGCAUUGGCCAGAUUGAUCCCACCUCAGAAUCAAUCACGCGCAGCUUACACUUACAAUCCAAAGAAGGGCAGUACCAUGUUCAGACCUGGAGAAGAUGGCUCUUCAUUGAACAAUGACAGUAGUAGACGCGCAGGUGCCAAUUCACAGGCAACUUUGCAUGUUAACAUUACUACUCAAAGUGAUGAAAUGGCUCAACGUGCUUUGCAAGAACGUCAAGUUGAAGAAAAGAGGAAACAAAAUGCUGUGCCCGAAUGGCAUAAGCAAAGUACCAUCGGUAAGUCAGCUCUUGGGAGACUUGAUGAAGAUGAAGAGUUCGAUCCAAGGACAACCGCGCAAGCUAACAUGUCCUUGGAGGAGACUGGUGCUGCAAAUAACCAAGAGACAGAGAUGGAUGAGUUCUACCACAAGCAUCGUUCUUUAACUGAUAGAGACCUCGAAGAAAGAGAAAAUGAGAGAACUCUUAAUGAAUACUAUGCUUCUUUGGCCAAGAAGCAGGCAGAGGCAAAGGAUGAGGAAGAUGAAGAUGAAGAAGACGAAGAAGGCGGGUUCCUUGAUGAUGAUGAAGGUGCGUUUGACGAGGAGUUUGAGGAUGUUGUAGAACCCGCGAAGAACGAAGAGGGUGAAACCAAGAAGGAUGCUGUGAAAGAGGAAAACGGGACCACAAAUAAUGGUUUUCACGAAACUACAAAACCAAGUAAUGAUGAUGACGAUGGUGAUAUGGACAUCGAGUUCGAAGACGUUUAA